AUGGCGUUUAAAGAGGAGCUACCUCAAUUUGAAGCUCGAAGACUAGAGGCUAACCAUUUACUAGAGACUCACCCAACCAAGUUGCCAGUAAUAGUUGAGCCAAUUCUAUCAAAAAAGAACUCUUAUGGAGCGAUUCAAAACAGAUUCCUUGUUCCUCAAAGUUAUACUUUUCAUGAGUUCAUCUUCCACCUGAGACGAAGAUUGGAGCUCGACAGAACUGACGCACUCUACGUUUUAAUUUCAAAAAAGCACCUUCCUGUGUUGGACAGAAACAUGAUCAGCAUCUACGAAGAGUUUCAGGACCCAGAUGGGUUUUUAUACGUUAACUACUCCUCUGAAGCCAUUUUAGGUUAA